GUAAUAUCAGUAACUUAGAAGUAGACCUACAGAAAAGUAAAGUAAAUACAGCAAAAUGCUGCAUAGAACAUCUUCAUCUCGACGGCGUCGAGCAUCAAGAAGUGCCGCUACUUCUCCUCAGACAAGGUCACCAAGACCUUCAGCCCAGCCUUCACGCCGAGCGUCCCUCGCUACUACAGAAACUGAUGAUGAAAUAGAACCUCCACCGCAGAGAAGCCCUAGAGCCAGCCUAGCUCCAGACGCAGCAUUGGAAUCAUACCAUCGAAGUCCCCGACACUCACUAGUUCCUGAACCAAGGUCAGCCAGAAACUCUAUAACUCCUGAAACUGCUCCAAUAAGAAACACUUUAGCACCGUCCAGGAACAACUUGGGUGUUGAACAAGCAUACGGAUCACGGUUAAGUCUGAAUCCUCAAGACUUUAACAGAAGUCCGAGGAACAGCAUAACUCCAGACAUAACAGCGAGGAGCCCAAGAAGAAGUUUAAUACCAGAAGGGACAUCGUGGAAUCAGCCUAGAAACUCUUUGGUUCCCGAUGUUGGGAGAAGUCCGAGACAUUCAGUGGCUAAUAUACAGAUUGAUCCAGCUCGGAGUCAGAAAGAACUAGGUCCAAGUCCGAGAACUAGUCCUAGAGGAAGUAUAGUACCAGACACGGUUAUGAAGAAGGAGUUUGAUUUAAAUAGGAGUCCAAGAGGUUCUCUUAUUCCUGAUUCUCAAAGGAGUCCAAGAGGCAGUAUUGCGCCUUCCGAGAGAAGUGCGAGAGGGAGUCUAGCUGCUAUUGAAGUAGAUGCGGCAAGAAUCAGUCCUAGAGGAAGCUUGACGCUUACUUUCCAAGAGCCUUUAGUAUCUAGAGAAAGGCGAGCAAGCGAAGAUAGUCAAAACGCUGGUAAUCGAGGUCGAGUGUCACCGUACAGGGCAUCUCUGGGAGGACGGCAGAGUGGGACGGGUUUAUCUGACACUGGCUCUAGAAGAGCUUCAAGUUCUGUAAGCCAAGUAUCAGGCGACGAACAGCGGAGGCUAUGCGGGGAGCAUGCGAAGUACAGCGACCGGACCGGGCUGGGGCUGGGUGUAGGACUCACGACUUACGGCUCGGUGGCGUAUCAGCUCAAGGACGCCAACAUGGAGGCUUCGGGGACCGUGGACUUCGUGUGCAGAGCCGCCAAGAUUAUGAACAGGACCAUUGUGAUGACAGUAUUCUUGGCCUGCCUGUCUACGAUACCAGUCAUCAUGCUGAUCAUGGGAGUGCAGUACAUCCGCGACUGCCCGGCCGAGCCUCGCAUCCCGGUGUAUAUGGUGGUGGGCGGUGCGGCGGGCGGCGUGGGCAUCUGCUGGCUACUGUGGGCGCAGCUGGCGGGCAGGAGCUCCAACAACUCCGCGAGCGUACCCGAACGCCUGCUCGCAUACACACUCACCAUGUUCCUUAUGGGAUGGUUCGCCUGCGGAAACUAUUGGACGUUGGGCAUCAUGUGGCCAGACUAUGCGCCAACGCUUUUUGAGCCCAACCAGUGGUGUCACAAAACACUGUAUGUGUUCGCGUUGACGCAGCUUGGUGUCGUAUGGGGCGUAGUGGCCCUUGUCAUACUAUUACUCCUAGCCCUUGUUAUUUGUCAAGUAUUCGGCUGCGGCUGGCUUGGACCACCUAGAUACAAGUAG